GGAUGUUCUGACAGGAUGUGAUGGCAGUGGGAGAGGAGACGCUCGGAGGUUCUGCUGGUGCUGCCGGGCUUUCUGUUUCAGGUGAGCCUUCCUGAUCUGGUUCUGGUUACUGGAGUCCAGCUGAAGCUACGUUCGGGUCCGUUUCAGGUUUGUGACGUUUUCGCUUGAGGACUUUUCCAGCUCCAUGAUCCCUGCAUCACAUCCACCGAGGCUCAUCUAAAUGCUUGUAACUCGCUGUAACUCUUGAUCGGAUCAUUUCCUCCUUCUUCACCAUUAAAACUCCUCUUAAAUCUGCUCCUUCCUGGAUGCGCUUCUUAAAAAGUCCCGCACAGAUGUUUCUAAUUGUGUGUACAUGCUUGUGUGAACGUAAGACGGUCGUCCUCGCACGCUUGUUCCUGAGCUCCACAUCUCGCCGACUGCUACAGAUGGCUGUGACCCAGGAAGGUCACCUCUCCUCACACAGGUCUUUUCCCCCAAGAAUUCUUUUUGGUUUCAGUGUGAGAAGCUCGAGGUCCGAGUAGGUAUUUUUAGCUCGACUCUUCUUUGGAAUCAGUUUCACCUACGCCGUCGAUUUACAUAGUGGACUUUUUAAAAAAUUCCAAACCACAAAAUUGAGAUUAAAAAUAGAAUUUCCCUCUGAAAAUUGGCCCUGGGCCACACUGUAUGGUUUCACCUGUUAUUACCUGCGACUAUUGAGAUUUUUGCUUCCUCGUUCGACCGACUUUCCACAGUCAUGCUAUUGUGUUGUUCCUCAGAAGCUCCUCUGUUGUACAGUGACUUAGUCAUGACAGCGCUGCGCAAACCAACAAAGAUCAGAGAGUUUUCAUAGUCGUCUUGAAGGUGGAAUUUGAGUCCAUCGACAGCCGCCUCUCACAAUCCUUCCAUUGUUGGUCGACACUUAUGUUUCCCCGAGACACAAGCAAGCGGACUGGAGCUCCCCACACAGGAACACUGCUUGGCAGAUGUUUUUUCUUUAAGCUGGCUUCAGUUUUCUCAGGGAGGGGUCCUACACAGUUCAUUGAAGUUCUCCCAUUGGUGCGUUUAGAUCUUUGGGGAGCUCCAGUUGUAGCUGCAAUGAGGGGAUCUAAUACCCUUCCAUUUCAAGUCUCGGUCGACGUCCUUCCAGGCAUAGUGGAAAACCUAACAAUGUGUCUGUAAAACCCAUUUACAUUGUUUCCCAGUGUCAUAAAGAUCGGAUCCAGCGAGUUUUGACGGUUUUCUAGGUUCCAAUGUGUUCCCAGAGGGACAUUACGUUCUUCACUGUAGAUGCCCGUCGAGACACUCCGAUAAGGUUUUGCUGCUGGGCUGAAACUGACUCAUGAAAUAUCUCUCUGUCCCUGAUAGAACCGGUCUCAUUGGGGCAGAUGUCACAUUCCCCUCCAAGUUCCUCUCCACUGAGUGUCAGGACUCACAUCUAAACUUCCUUCUCCCGCCCACCUCCAGCCUCCUCCACUGAAACAUGGCUGCCUUCCAGCUGCUUCUCCUGCCGCUCCUGUGGUCCACGCCGGCGGCUGCUUACCCUCCUCGCCAUCCUGGAUCCUGCCAGAUUGUCCAAACGGACGUGCUCUGCAGAGAUCUGGGCCUCAGAGAGGCCCCGGGGAGUCUUCCUCAACACGUCAACAUGCUGGAUCUAUCGCACAACCAGGUGGAGAAUUUCACCAUGGAGACUUUAGCCCACCGCAGAGAUCUCCGUCACCUCAACCUGCGCUCCAACAAGAUCCACUUCGUUCAGCCUGGACUGUUCAAAGACAUGACGAACCUGAAGACUCUGGAUCUGUCCCGGAACCACCUGAAUCUUUUUGCUCAGACUAAGACACACAUGGGGCCACUGGCAGCCGUGGAGUCACUGGAUCUGUCCAGUAACGGGCUUUACACCGGGAUGACCGACUAUCUGGUCUCGGAUUGUCCGUCUCUCUUGAAUCUUUCCCUGAGCAGCAACAGCAUCACGAAAGUGGCACAAAACACCUUCAGUGGAUCUCCGUCCCUGAGAAGAAUCAACCUCCACAACAACGUCGUCUUGGAGAUUGAGGACGGCGCCUUCGACUCCUUAAAGCACCUGGAUGACCUGGACUUGUCCAAAAACUCCAUCAGCUGCAUCACAGACUUCAACCUCAGCCGCCUCAAGCUCCUCAACCUGAGCCAGAACAGCGUGGAACUUUUCCAGAGCGUGUCGUCCACGCAGCCCUACAGCCUCCACACCCUCGACCUCAGCCAAAACAAAAUGCACUACUUCCCUCUUCUGCCCACCAACAAUGUGAUAGAAUUUCUGGACCUGUCCCGGAACCGUCUGCUGAGCCUCAACGUGUCGGGCAGUCCACAGCAAAAGGCCGCCGUGGUGUUGAAUCACCUGCAAGUCCUGGACCUGAGCUACAACCAGCUGAGGAGCCUGCCGGAAUCCUUUCUUCAGAGCAUGGAUGCGCUGAGCUUUCUCAACGUCAGCAAUAACUGCAUCAAGUCUUUUUCCGUGGCCGACCGCCCUCUUCGGAGUGUCAGGGUUAUGGACCUGGGUUAUAACUCGCUGCAGAGUCUCUCUAUAGGUCCCAAAAGCCUCCCACUGCUGGAGGAGCUUUUCCUACAGGGGAAUGCUCUUUCCACUUUGGACCAUCACACCUUUCAAAGGCUUCCAAGUGUCCGCCUCCUGCAGCUCCAGCAGAAUGACCUAAAGGUCUGCGAAGAGGAGCCCAGUCCACCGUGGAUUCAGAGAAGGCCUGGUCCGCCUGGGUGCGUCUUCUUCACCACCAUUCCUUCACUUGAGUUCUUGUAUCUGUCUGAGAACAAUCUGAGGCGGUUGCCAGCCGGGGCCUUCACGGACACCCAGCUCAAGCUCCUGGACCUGUCACUGAACCCAGGCUUGGACGUGGACAAACACUCACUGUCGGGUCUGGAGGACUCCCUGGUUCACCUGCUGUUGAAGGAGAGCAACAUCUCAAAGCUCAACACAGACCUGAACUCGCUGCAGAGGCUCAGAUACGUGGACCUCUCCACCAACCACUUGAUGUCGCUGCCGCCGUUGACUCAAGAGUCCAAGAUUGAGUCGCUGAACUUGCAAAACAACAACCUGGUGACUCUGGACUACAGAACCAUCCUGGCUCUGGAGCACUCGCUGAAAACACUGUACAUGGGCUCCAACCCUCUCAGCUGCUGCAGCAACCUCGGCUUCCUGCACUUGGUGCAGCAUUCCUCAGUGGUGGUCCCAGACAUCGAGGCGGUCACCUGCGCCCACAAGGAGUCCUCGCACCCCGUCAGUAUCGAGACGGUCACCAAGGAAAUGUGCGACAGACAAAGCGGCCAGAGUAACACUACUGUCAUCGUGGUCAUAGUGCUGCUGGUGGUGCUGAUCCUGGUGGCGCUGUUGGCGAAAUGGUGCCACAUGAGACGGCGGAAACACGCCAGAGGAUUUAGCGCGUAGAUGUGAACGGACACGAUGAGGAAGACUCGUCACCAUAAGGGAACACAAGGUCGAAUGGAGCCAGAGUUUUGACUCGUCAUGUGAAUAAAGCAGCCAUAACACUCUCAUAUCUACAUCAGUGCCCCUUGUGGUCAUAUGAAGAACUGCUCAUUCCGGUGUGCUAAAUUUAUGCAGCUCAGAUUGUUGUCUUGCAUAAAGUCUUUUAUGAAGUUUGACAUUUAAAAUGAUACAUCAACUCUAUUUAUAAGGUUUUGACACUAAUGUAACUCAGGUACACAGUACUCCGCCAUUCACCCUGGAUUUCAAUAUUUAAUAACAGAGAAUAUCUUACAAGGCUGGAUUGAAUUUUGGCCUCAGUCCAGCAUUUUUUUAGCUAAAGAUUUAAUGAGAUAUUUCAUAAAAAAAUGAGAGCCAAAUCCUGGGUCUGGGUCCGUGUUCUUGUCCUGGGUUGACAGCUAACUUAAGCACUACAGAGUUUGCCGCCUGAGUUGAAGACGAUAAAACCACCGGUGUAUACUGUAUGUCUGUCGGUUUACUUUUGAAGUAGCUUGCACUUUAAACGAUGAUUGUAUUUUUCUCUUGCAACAUUAAACAUGUUCACAUUCCAAGCUGACGUAAUUUAUUUGGAUGUUGCCGUAGAAACUGUGCUGGACACGGGUUUUUAUCUGCGGCCCCCUUCGGGAC